UUGUACCUAACUAAAAAUGAAUUAAAUCAUUUUCGACUUUUCGUUGUUUUUUAUGAUUAAAUCUUCUGGUCAGUAGAUUAGAGGUCGUCUAAUUAUAGCACACGAGAUUAAAAACUGGUCCAUUGUGAGUGCAGUUAAAAAUUGCAAUGAAAAUUUCAGCCAAAAGACUUGGAAAAAUCCUAUUAUUCUACUCGGUUUUUUACACAAUCCUUGGCGUUUUCGCCGCUGCAAUGUUCACAAUUUUUCUCAAAACACUAGAUGAUCGGGCCCCAAAAUGGCAACUGGAUAAAUCACUGAUCGGAAGCAAUCCAGGUUUAAGCAUCAAACCGCCAUUUCCUGACAACAUAAUUGCGUACAAAAGUAACGACCCCAAACAAAUAUCAGGUUUAAGACAGCAACUCGAUGAGUUUUUGGCUCCAUAUUUUGAAAAACACGAUAAUGUUCAAGACUGUGACAACAAAAAAUUUCCAGAUGAAGGAAAAGUUUGUGAUUUUACCAUUAAAGAUUUCAGUCCCUGUGUCCCUGAAACUAAUUACAGUUACGGCAGAGCUGAUGCCGGGCCUUGCGUUUUCCUGAAAAUUAAUAAAAUUUUUGGAUGGGUGCCUGAAACUUACAACGAGACUGAUUUACCACAGUUCAUAGAAAAUUUCAGCUUUCAGCGCAACAAAAUAUGGGUAACUUGCGAGCCCCAAAAUCGGAACGAUGCUGAAAAUAUUGGCCCCCGCUUCUAUUAUCCCGACUCAGCUUUUGAGUCAAAGUACUUCCCUUUUACAAACACUCGCGGAUAUUUAAGCCCGCUAGUUGCUGUAUUUUUCGAAAACCCGAAACGAGGUGUGCUGAUCAAAGUCGAGUGCAAGCUGUGGGCAAAAAACAUUCACCACGAUGCCAAAAAUAGCAAAGGGGUUGUCCGUUUUGCAUUAUUAAUAGACUAAAAAAGAUGGAAUUUUAAAAAAGCAACAAUCGCAAUAAAAAUGAAAAUUCUUGGCACACGUGCUACACAGGUUUUACACGCUUUAUUAUUAUCAGAGUUUCAGUUGUUACCGGUUUGGGCUUGCAAUGGUUGAGAUUAAAAAACUUGUUCCGAUUGAAAGCACUCCAAUCUGGUUUCAAUCCGAUUAAUCUGAUAAUUGAAUUACAUUAAAAAUAAUAUUAUUCGCAAUUAAUUCAGAAAAGGGGAAAGUUUUCCUUGAAGCAUUUUUAGUUUUGCUGCGAUGUUCAUUCAGUAAUUGUGGUGUUUGGGGACCAAAUAAAUAAAAAUUACAUCUAAAUAA